AAAUCAGCAGAAGCCGCACAAUUCCAGUUACGGGUACAGCAGCUAGAAGAAUCCCAUCCACCACCUCUGGGCGGAGAAUUGCGCGAGGCCAGCAAAGAGAUCCAAAAGUGGAAAGAAAAGGCUGAAGCUGCCGAGAGAAAGGCAGCGCGGUUCCAGAGAUUCACGACCCGAAUCAGAAGCAUCCACAGCUCUCUCGCCAUGGCGGAGGGAUCCCGUCAAAGCGGCGACGACGAGGUGAUUUCUCUCGAGGGGAGAGAUGCUGAAGGGUCUUAUCGGGCUUGUAGGGUUCGAUUUACAAAGAGUUUGGGGAGUGAAGCUUCUGGUAUCGCGAGAUUUGAUGGCGUUGUUGCUGAAGAGGUGCAAGAUGACUUGCAUGAGAGCAAGAGCGACGAAGAAACGCCAUCGACGGAUGGACUUGGACAUUAUCGAGAUUUUCAUGGAUUGGAUGGAGUGACGAGCCCGCGGAUGGUGGACUUUGGGUCUGCGGCUGUGGCGAUGUGGAUUGCUGCUCAGGAAUACCUUGAGAUGGAAGAGGGUGAGGCUUCUGGUGAUUCGGUGGAAGUUACUACGAGUGGGAGUUCUUUGGAUGUGUGGGAGAUGGCGGAUGAAGACUUUUGA